AUGCCAAAUCACACCGUUGUGCACGAAGCACAGAAUGUCAAACCUCGUGAACCCCCUCACCACUUCUUCAAAUCGCAACCUCGCCAGGGUCACGUCACAGACAUGGACCAGUACCGCGAAAUGUACCAGCAGUCCAUUGAGGACCCAGCAGGCUUUUUCGGCCCCAUGGCUCGCGAACAUCUCCACUGGGACCGUCCCUUCACGCAAGUGCGUGCCGGUUCCCUGCAACACGGCGACGCAGCGUGGUUUCUAAACGGUGAAUUGAACGCGGCCUACAACUGUGUCGACAGACACGCGUUUGCCAACCCAUCCAAGCCUGCGUUGAUCUACGAGGCCGACGACGAAAGCGAAAACCGCGUCAUCACGUUUGGAGAACUGCUACGUCAAGUCUCCGAGGUGGCCGGCGUGCUCAAGAGCUGGGGCGUCAAGAAGGGCGACACCGUCGCCGUGUACUUGCCCAUGAUCGCAGAGGCCGUGGUGGCGAUGCUGGCCGUGGCCAGACUCGGUGCCAUCCACUCGGUCAUUUUCGCCGGUUUCUCCGCAGGCUCUUUGAAAGAGCGUGUGGUCGACGCCGGCUGCAAAGUCGUGAUUACCUGCGACGAGGGCCGUAGAGGCGGCAAGACCGUCCACACCAAGAAAAUCGUCGACGAAGGUUUGGCCGGCGUCGAUCUCGUUGCCAAGAUCCUGGUUUUCCAAAGAACUGGCUCCGCAGGCAUCCCCAUGAAGCCCGGUCGCGAUUUUUGGUGGCACGAGGAAACCGCCAAACACGGCGGUUACUUGCCCCCCACCCCUGUCAACUCCGAGGAUCCUUUGUUCCUGCUGUACACUUCAGGUUCCACCGGGUCCCCCAAGGGUGUGGUUCACACCACUGCAGGUUAUCUACUAGGUGCGGCUUUGACCACCAAAUACGUGUUUGACAUCCAUCCAGAAGACGUGCUGUUCACUGCAGGUGAUGUUGGUUGGAUCACCGGCCAUACCUACGCACUUUACGGACCUUUGGCACUCGGUACUGCCACCAUCAUUUUCGAGUCCACCCCGGCGUACCCAGACUACGGUAGAUACUGGAGAAUCAUUGAGCGUCACAAGGCUACGCAUUUCUAUGUGGCUCCAACUGCUUUGAGACUAAUCAAGCGUGUUGGCGAAUCUGAAAUUGCCAAGUACGACACUUCGUCUCUAAGAGUGCUUGGUUCCGUGGGUGAACCAAUCUCUCCAGACCUAUGGGAAUGGUAUCACGACAAAGUCGGUAACAAGAACUGUGUUAUUUGCGACACCAUGUGGCAGACUGAGUCCGGUUCUCACCUGAUUGCACCUCUAGCGGGUGCCGUGCACACCAAACCUGGUUCUGCCACAGUCCCAUUCUUUGGAGUCAAUGCCUGUUUGAUUGACCCAGUUUCGGGUGAAGAAUUGAAAGGCAACGACGUUGAAGGUGUCCUAGCCGUCAAGGACUCUUGGCCAUCCAUGGCCAGAUCCGUAUGGAACAAUCACGCUCGUUACAUCGAGACCUACUUGAAACCUUACCCUGGGUUUUACUUCACCGGUGACGGUGCUGGCAGAGACCACGAUGGCUACUACUGGAUCAGAGGCAGAGUUGACGAUGUCGUUAACGUUUCCGGUCACAGACUUUCCACUGCAGAGAUCGAGGCUGCUUUGGUAGAACACGACGGCGUAUCCGAAUCCGCUGUCGUUGGUAUCACCGACGAGUUGACUGGUCAAGCUGUUAUUGCGUUUGUGUCUUUGAAAGACGGCUAUUUGCAAGAAAAUGCAUCAGCCGGUGAUGUGGCCCAUAUUACUCCAGACAAUUUACGUCGUGAAUUGAUCCUACAAGUUAGAGGCGAGAUCGGACCCUUUGCGGCUCCUAAAUCGGUCGUUGUCGUCAACGAUUUGCCAAAAACCAGAUCCGGUAAAAUCAUGAGAAGAGUCUUGAGAAAAGUGGCCUCCAAUGAAGCCGACCAACUUGGCGAUAUGUCUACUUUGGCCAAUGCUGAUUGCGUUCCUUCCAUCAUUUCUGCCGUGGAGAACCAGUUUUUGGCUCAAAAGAAGAAAUAG